UUAUUUUUAAAAUUGAGGAAUCCCUCAAAUUUAUGUAAAAGUCGUUAUGUUCUUCUGCAACUACAAUCAAUUCAACUACGACAAAUCUCAGACUCUAUAACCUUCUUCACUCUGUACCUUCUUCACUCUAUACCUUCUUCCACCUUAAUUUCACACCCAGAUCUCAAAUCCACUUCCUAAACCCUAAAGAUUUUACCUAAUUUGAACUUCUAGGUUUUCGGACCUGUAGAAGUAGAAGAAGAAAAAAGAGGAGAAAGGGGUUUAGUAAUUUGCCCAGAUGUUAGGUGGAUUGUACGGUGACCUCCCUCCGCCCUCUUCCGCCGAUGAAGAGAAAUCAACCAACUCCUCCGUAUGGUCGAGCAGCACAAAAAUGGCACCGCCGACCCUUCGUAAACCCUCGUCGAUUUUCGCCCCGCCACAAACGAUUUUAAAGCCCCAAAAUAAGAAUAAGCCUUUAAAUUCGGUGCAGCCAAAACCUAUAACGUCGCCGGCGGUGGCACCGCUGCCUUCGAUAAUGCCGGAGGUGGUUGCGCAGCCUGCUCUUGUGGGGGUUACCUCAACGGUGAUAGAAGAGUAUGAUCCGGCGAGGCCCAAUGACUAUGAGGAGUAUAGGAGGGAGAAGAAGAAGAAAUUGAUGGAUGCAGAGAUUAGGAGAGAGCUCGAGAAAAGGCGGCAAGAGGAGGAGGAUAGGGAGAAGAGGGAAAGAGAAGAGAGGGAUAGGGAGCAUGGAGAUUCGCGGUUGAACAUUUCGGGUGAGGAAGCAUGGAGAAGGCGUGCGGCGAUGAGCAGUGCAGUGCCAGUGCCUAGGUCGCCAUCUCCACCGAAUAAUGCAGAUGGGUUUGCCAUUGGAAAGUCGGAAACCAGUGGGUUGGGUUUGGGUGCUGGUGGGCACAUGACUGCUGCGCAGAGAAUGAUGGCAAAGAUGGGAUGGAAAGAGGGUCAAGGACUUGGCAAGCAGGAGCAGGGGAUAACUACUCCUUUGAUGGCCAAGAAAACGGAUCGUCGAGCUGGGGUCAUUGUAAAUGCAAGUGAACAGAAGUCGGAGAAGAAGGUCAAGAGCGUGAGUCUUAAUGGACCACCCACUCGGGUUCUUAUGCUUAGAAAUAUGGUGGGACCUGGUGAGGUAGACGAUGAGCUAGAAGACGAGGUAGGAUCAGAGUGCGCAAAGUAUGGAACAGUGACUCGGGUUCUUAUAUUCGAGAUAACAGAGCCAAAUUUCCCAGUUGAUGAAGCAGUAAGAAUUUUCGUGCAGUUUGAGAGAUCUGAGGAAACUACAAAGGCAUUAAUUGACCUCGAUGGUCGGUACUUUGGGGGAAGAAUAGUUCGCGCCUCAUUCUACGACGAGGAGAGGUUUAGCAAGAAUGAAUUGGCUCCAAUGCCCGGAGAAAUCCCGGGUUUCUUUUGACCUGGACAAGAAGUUCAAAUGAAAAUGGAAUACUUUCAUUUUGUAAGGAAAUGGCGGACUUGGAUUCAAAGAAAUGUUGUAAGUAAAUGAUUGUUACUAAUGGUAUUGCAAUAGAGUUAUUGUCAACCGUAAAUACCAGCUUGGGGUAAUAGACUUUUGCUCACUAAUUUUAUUCAUAAUUAGUAAUUAUUGAAGAACUUGCUAAUUUUCUGAAUUGUGAAUCCCUUCUGGCCUUUUUUUAUUUGUAUAUUGUCAUGUAAGAGGCGAUAAUGCUCAAGUUUUGACUUCUCAGGGGAAUUAUAUUAUUCAGCACUGGCACAAAUUUAGUUUCAGCUGGUAUGUUGUUA